CUCUCUCUCUCUCUCUCUCUCUCUCUCUCUCAGGUGGAGGAAAAAGAGCGGGUGGGUUAUGCAAUUAUUCCUUUUCUCCACAUCUCCGCGUUUUCUCUGCACCUAACCCUCAUUUAGGAGGUGAAUCUGAGCAGAUUUUGUGAUGCCAGGUAGAGAUUUAGUGCUUGAAUUUUGUUUUGGCUUUUUUUGAACUAUUUAAAACUCUUGUGUUUGUGGUGGGUAGGUGGUGAAAUAAAUCUGCACAUGCAAAUAGCCCUUUGUUUUCCAAUCUGUAUUUGAUUCCCAUAAUCCAAACAGACACGUUGAGUCCAAUACAUAUCCCUAAGGUUGAAACGGCUGUGAACUUAACCUACAAGUGCAUGCACUAAAAGCAUCCCCACCAUAAUCUGAUACCCUACAGACUAGAAGCCAAGAAACGAGAUCAGUAUAAACAUACAAACACCCACAAACACACAGGGAGAGAGAGACACAGAGAGGUCUGUAGAGAGAGGGAGAGAUGGAGCAAGGAAGAACAGAAGAGGGAACGAGUGAACAGCAAGAUCAACAGCAGCGUCGAUUGAAGCCGUCGGAAAAUCCUCUCAACCAUCUACCACAACAACCUCAGAAAUGCCCUCGUUGUGAUUCUCUCAACACCAAGUUUUGCUACUUCAACAACUAUAGCCUCACUCAGCCCCGGUAUUUCUGCAAGACUUGCCGGAGGUACUGGACUCAAGGCGGAACCCUACGGAACGUCCCUGUUGGUGGUGGUUGUCGUAAGGGAAAGCGGACCAAAUCCUCCUCCUCCUCAGGCGGUGAGAAUUCAAGAACUCAAUCACCACCACCACCGCCACCACCUCAACAACACAUACAAGUUCCUUCAAAUUUGACAACCAUGCAUAUGGCAACGAUGCUUCCGGGUAGUUCUAGUCUACCCACAAAUCAAGCUUUCAGGAACAAAGAACUUGGUAAGUUGGGUUUGCCUCCGGCGAUCCCACCGAUGAGUUCUUACAAUUCUGGUGGUGGGUUUUUAUCUUCUUUGGCAGCCAUGCAAGGACUCGAUCAGACACUCAAUUUUGGUGGCCAAUUUGGUGCUGGGGCUUCUAAUUGGGCUCUCUUACAAGGGCUCAAUGUUCCUUCUUGGAGGUCACAACAGGUUCACUCCCAGCAGAUUGAGCAGGAGAGAGAUUAUUAUCAGAUGGGUAAUCGAGAAAAGAACACAGACCCCAUGUACCCAUCUGAUCAAUUGGUUCAACCAAGUAGGACUAUGGGUUCAUGGACUCAUAGCUUCAUCAACACCACAAACCCUUCAGGCUCCGAACCCAAUUUCUGGAACAACACCACCAGUCACACCACCAGUACCAGCAGCGCCACCAACACAGGGUCUUCUAUGAACCCAAAUCAAUGGCCUGAUCUGCCAGGCUAUGGCGGCCCUCCAUGAGUUUUAACAUUCUUGUAGCCAUCUCAAGCUCCACAUCAGCUACCAGAACAGCACAAAUGUUAGAGAAUUUCUUGGCUUUCGUAUACAACUUCCAUCGAGUCUUCUUUAUCUUUUUUUUUUUUGUUUUUUUCACUUGAUUUGGUUUUGGGUAUAUGGUCUUUAGUUUUCAUUAUAGAACAUGGAUUGGAUAGGUUUUUGGGAUGUGGAAAUUAAUUAUAU